ACCUUUUCAAUUUCGAUGUCCCCUGACCCUACAUCAACAUGGUUCUCCAUUUCAAAACUCCCUGCAUCAAAACAUGGAGACAAGGCAGGGCCCCAUUCAUACAUCACUUCAAUCAAAUCAGCUCUCCUCUCUCUCUCAAAACCCCUCUCCCUUCUUCUUCUUCUUCCAGCCCCCCCACCCCACCAACUCCAUGAGAAGAAGAGAGAGCAGCAGAAACCAGCUCCUAAAAUGUCACUGCUCCUCACCUCGCUCUCCCUCCUCCUCUCCCUCCCCUUCAUCCCCAGCUCUCUACAGUCCAUGGUCAUGGACCCCUCGGAGAGAGAAACCCUGUUCAAGGUAAUGGAGUCCAUGUCCUCUGACAGGGACUGGAGGUCCUCAAACCCUGAGCCCUGCAAGCCUGGCUCCUCGUGGCCUGGGCUCGAGUGCAAGCGUCUUGAAGACAACCACCUCCACGUCACCAGGCUCGACUUCGGCAGCUCCCCAAACCCCGGCUGCAAGAAAACCGCAGCCUUUCCCGCUCAAAUCUUCAACCUGCCUCACCUCCAAUCCCUCUUCUUCUUCAACUGCUUCAGGUUCACCAAGACCACCCUCUCCGCUCCCUCAAAGCCCUCCUCUGCUCUUCAGCAGCUGAGCCUGAAAUCAAACCCCGCUCUUGUGGGCCCAAUCCCACCUCAAAUCUCUUUGCUGGCCUCUCUCCAGGUCCUCACUCUCUCUCAGAACAGGCUCUACGGCAAAAUCCCCGAGUCCAUCUCCUUGCUGGCCUCUCUCGUUCACUUGGACCUCAGCUACAACUCACUGGCUGGUCAAAUUCCGGCAAAACUCAGUGAGCUCAAGAGCCUCGCAGGCCUUGAUUUGAGCUACAACUCGCUCUCCGGGCCAAUUCCACAAUCAAUCGGGAAAAUGGGCCUCCUCCAGAAACUGGACCUGAGCUCCAACUCAUUGACCGGUGCAAUCCCGGAGAGCUUAGGCAAUUUGAGCUUACUAAACUUUUUGGCUCUCAGCAACAACAAGCUUAGUGGGGUUUUCCCUAAAGGACUACCAAACCUCAGGAGCCUUCAGUACUUCCUAAUGGACGACAAUCCCAUGUUCGUUCCUCUGCCAUUUCAGCUAGGGAGGCUGGUGAAGCUCCAAGAGCUUAGGCUGGCUAAUUCAGGCUACACCGGCCCGAUACCGGGGAGCUUUGGUUGGUUGACGAACCUAACUACAUUGUCUUUGGAGAACAACAGGCUUACUGGAGAGAUACCAAGAGGGCUGAGUGAGCUUGGGAGGAUGUAUCAUCUGAAUCUGAGCAGGAAUUUGCUCGGCGGAGUUGUUCCUUUUGGCUCUAGCUUUAUAACGAGGCUCGGGAGAAACUUGGACCUGAGCGGGAACCCUGGGCUCUGUGUUGACGGGUCUCAGAGACUUGAAGGGGUUAAGGUUGGUGUUGGUGUUUGCGGAGCUAACAACGCGAGUGGUCCUUCAGCGCACCAGACUUCUUCGGCUAGUUCCUCUUCGAGUGGAGCUGCAGCAUUAUCCCUCCACCGUAAUUUCUACCGUUUGUUGUUAAUCUUUUGGCUGCGGUUCCCUAUUUUAUCAUCGUCUCUGUUUAUGUAAUUCUUUAUUGUAGUAGAUCGAAUUCUCUCCUCCUCUCCUCGAGUUGCAGCUUUUUAACAAAUCAGGGUAGCUGUAUGUUUUCAUCGAUCUGGAUUUGGUUUGAACUUGAUAUGGGAUUUUGUGGGGGAUCGACGUUGUUUGAUGAGGGAUUUGUUUGCUAAAUUGAGAGGAUGAUAUUGGAGUUUUUUGCUUCA